AUGCGAUGUGCAAGUGCAUUGCUCGCGACGAGCCUUGUAUGCGUCUGCGCGACGAGUUUGGCACAGACCAUCUCGCAGCCACGCGCGUCGCUGCCAGUUGAGAGCUACAGCGAUGAUCCUUUGAUCAGCACUGGUCGGUCGUCUGCAGCGCUCUGUUCUCUGGAUGCUACUCUACAGACCGAAUCGGGCAUGCACGCCAUUGGGCCGCUCACCGUUCCUCGCGGAUGCAUGAGUGUGACGCUUCAACCACACACGGCCAGUGCGUCGAUCCCCGCACAGACUCUGCCAUCCUCAGGGAUCGUGACCAUCUUUGAUCCAUCCAGUUCGUCGACCAUCACGACAACUCAGCAGCCUACAGUUGCUCCACCCACCCGCUCUACCGCCUUCAGUACGACCACGGCUACUACCACCACUCGUUCAUCCGCGCAGACGAACGCGGCAAUCCAAUCGCUGGCUCCACCUGCUACCUGGCUCGCCAAUCGCAACAUAGCUCUCGUUCUCUUCACCACCCUUGCACUCCUCGCUGCUACAACCUACCUGUUGGAUCAUCUCCUCACUCUGCUCGUCUGA